AGAACAUCUUACUUUUCCAAGUCCAGAGAGAAGAACAAGAGCAAGAAAGCGUCAGAGGUCAGAUAAUAUACAAGAACCAGUUGAUCCUAUGAUGCAUGAACAAGAGCAUGUAGAAGAGGACCUUGUUUCACAUCAGCAAAAUCUCACUGACCUGGAAUUUCUUCGAAUGGAAAAUGACAUGCUGCGGAGGGAAAACAACAGAUUGGUGAAGUUGCGGAAUCCACCCCUCACAUAUGACACAAUACAGGGAAAUGAGAAGCUGGUGACUCAUUAUACUGGCUUAACUCCAAGCACAUUUGCUACUCUUUGCAAGUUUGUAUUCUCAAUGAAGUUUACAUAUGAGGAUGGAUGGGAUGUUCAGUGCCUAUCUUCAGAAGACCAACUCCUCCUGUCAUUGAUGAAACUUCGGAAUGAUUUUGCAUUCAUUGACAUUUAAUUUCGCUUUGGAGUGAGUGAAAGAACUGCUCGUGUUGUCUUCUCCACACUCUUGAAGGUGCUUCAUGUUGGACUUUUUGAGGGGAUCAUGUUGAAACAUGUCCCUUCUCUGGAGAAGUGUCAGGCAUCUGCUCCUGCAUGCCUGAAGGAUUUCCCCACCUGCAGGUUCAUCAUUGCACUGAAAUGCAUUGCAAUCCUCCAAGGAAGGG